UCCUCCCCCCUCCCGCGCGCCCGCCCGCCGCCCGCCGCCGCCGCCGCCGCCGGAGCUCUGUAGUAUGGCAUCGAGGAGAAUGGAGACCAAACCUGUGAUAACCUGUCUCAAAACCCUCCUCAUCAUCUACUCCUUCGUCUUCUGGAUCACUGGCGUGAUCCUGCUGGCUGUUGGAGUCUGGGGCAAACUCACUCUGGGCACCUACAUCUCCCUGAUCGCCGAGAACUCCACAAAUGCCCCCUAUGUGCUCAUCGGGACCGGCACCACUAUUGUGGUGUUUGGCCUGUUCGGAUGCUUUGCGACAUGCCGUGGUAGCCCGUGGAUGCUGAAGCUGUAUGCCAUGUUCCUGUCCCUGGUGUUCCUGGCUGAGCUGGUAGCUGGCAUUUCAGGGUUUGUGUUUCGUCAUGAGAUCAAGGACACCUUCCUGAGGACUUACACGGACGCCAUGCAGAAUUACAAUGGCAACGAUGAGAGGAGCCGGGCGGUGGAUCACGUGCAGCGCAGCCUGAGCUGCUGUGGCGUGCAGAACUACACCAACUGGAGCACCAGCCCCUACUUCCUGGAGCGCGGCAUCCCCCUGAGUUGCUGCAUGAACGAAACCGACUGCAAUUCCCAGGAUCUACACAAUCUGACUGUGGCGGCCACCAAAGUUAACCAGAAGGGUUGUUACGAUCUGGUGACCAGUUUCAUGGAGACAAACAUGGGGAUCAUCGCUGGAGUGGCUUUUGGAAUCGCGUUCUCCCAGCUGAUCGGCAUGCUGCUGGCCUGCUGUCUGUCCCGGUUCAUCACGGCCAACCAGUAUGAGAUGGUGUAAGGAGAAGUCUUUCAAGAACGAUGGCCUAAGAGACCUGUUUUAAAAAGGAACCACGGCAAUCUUUGAAAGACUUGCAAAGGAUGUCAGAGCACAGUGCAUAACACACCUGUCCCGCGCUCCCUAACCCCCCACCCAGCGUGCAACUGACCCGCCCACACAGUCUCUGCUCCGCCUUCCAGCCCGCAUCAUGUGUAGCGUUCCGUUUUGUGAAGCCCCGUGUGCCAGAGUGUAGCCAGGUUCCCUGCAUCCGGUCCUAGCGGACCCCACCUGAGGCCCCGUGCGCACCAGAUCCUCCAUCUGUACUUGGUCCGACUGCAGCUCAUUGUAGGUGACUGGUCAUCCCACCAUCACUGGCCCGGCCGGGCCCUGCAUGUAGUGUGGAAGGCUCCCGCUAGCCCUUCAUCCUGAUCGAUAAACGCCAUACCGCUUGAUGUAGAUAAGCAGCUAGCUAGCUGUUCUUCCGGCUUAACCUCCUUUGGUUUGGUUUUCCCUUUACUAAGGCUCUUACUACCUUCUUCAGGCUGCCUAGGAUAUGUAAAGAGAUACAUCAGUAAUUGUCCAUGCGGAGAAAAAAAAGCAUGCGUCACGCACGAAGGGAACUGCUGAGCGUUAGGUGGCCUCCUCCUUGCUCAUUAUUGUUACAUGCCUGGGUAUGUGUAGACAGUUUAGUGCACCUCUGCCUCUCGGUUGAAACCUGUAUAAUCCUGUUACCAAGCCGUAUUGUUACUUCCUGUGAAGGAAAUAUUACUUCUGUUUCUCCCCAAUUAAUUGCUAUUGUGUUAUUUUACUUCUGUAUUUUUUCUUUGCAUUGACAUUACAGACAUCGAGGACCUCAUCGAAUCAAUUUAAAAAUGAGUGUGAAGGGGGAACAAAGUCAAAAUAUUUUUAGAAGACCUUCAGAAACAAUGCCUCUGUCUAGCAUGCCAACAAGAAUGCAUUGAUAUUGUGAAACAUUUGUGAUACAUGUAUUAAUAAAUAGAAUCACUACAA